GACCUCGCUCACGGCUCACCCUCGCUGCCUCUCGCUGUGUCUUCUCUUGCUCGUCCCCUCGCGCUUGCCCUCGCUCUCUCCCUCUCUCUUGCUCUCGCUCGAGCUCGGCCCCUCUUGCUCUCGCUCGCCCUCGCUCUCUGCCUCUUUUGCUGUCGCUCGCCCUCCGGCUCUCGCUGCCUUUCUCUUGCUCUCGCUCUUGCUCGCCCUCGCUGCCUCUCGCCCUCGCUCUCUGCCUGCCUGCCUCUCUCAGUCUCUCUUGCUCUCGCUCGCCCUCGCCCUCGCCCCCACGCUCGCUCGGCCAGUCGGCCUCGCCCUCUUGCUCGCUGCCCUGGCCCCUGCCUCUGAUUCAGGUCUUCGUUUUACCCCCCCCCCCCCCCAAAAGACAUCCAGAUUUGCUUCAUUCGAGCCCAGGUUUUCAGAAGCUUCUAAACUUGAAUUCAGCGAGAUCCUCUGAAGUUGGGCACUUUGAGUUAUGAAUGAUGAAUUAAAAAUUACCAUGGAAGGUAAUAUGGUAGACAGAGGAGAUUUGGGUGAGCAAGUGGAUACGAAAGCUGAUAAGUUCGGAAAGGUUAAGAAGAAGCUUACAUCAACGGAAGCAUUGGAACACUUGGCAUCAAUUGAUUUGAUUGAGUUAUGCCAUGAAGCCAAAGUUGAGCGUUGUCGUGCAUCCAGAGACUUGAGAAGCUGUGGACGCUAUGUGGAGAGUGUGUUGAACUCUUGUGGUCAUGCCUCUUUAUGUACAGAGUGCUCUCAGCGAUAUGAUAGUUGCCCAAUUUGUAGAACUCCUAUACCCAAAAGUGGCAAAAGACUUCGCCUUCGCCUUUACUAUGAGUGCAUAGAGGCUGGUCUUAUCUCCAAAAAAUGUGAUGACAGAUUUCGAGAAAAAGAAGAUGGCGAGAGGCAGGAAACUGCUGAUAUCGAAAGGCUUUAUUCUUUGUUUGAUGUUGCAAUGGAUAAUAACUUGGUUUCUCUAAUAUGCCACUAUGUUACAGAUGUUUGUAUGGAUGAGAGUGCAGUGUCAAGUGAUCCUGUCAUUGCCUUCUUGUUGGAUGAAGUGGUUGUCAAGGAUUGGUGUAAACGCACGUUUAAAAUUAUAUUGUCAGAUCUUCAAGAAAUCUAUAAUCUAACAGUAAAUGAGAUAAAAACAAGGUCAAGUUCUCUUCUUAAAUUUUCAGUGAAGCUGUCUGGCAUAUCCAAUGUUGUGGAAGUGCUGGAGUCAUCAUUUAAGGAUGCACUCUCAGCUCAGCUUCAUGAUCUGCAUCAUCUUCAAGAAAGCAUAUUAAAGACAAAGCAGCAUAUGGAGAUUAUGCUAUGGUGCAUAAGGCAUCAUUUUCUUGAGAAUGUCAGAUCUCGCUACAGUAAUCUCACAUCUUGGCGUGCUUCUGUCCGUGAAAGGAAAUCAGCAGCAAUUAGUCGUUCAUGGCCCAACUCGGUAAAUCACCCUGCGGAGUCCUCUGGAACCAAUAGUUGCACUCUGUUUAUUGAGGAUGCACUGUCAAAUAUUGAGAUAGAACAGGACUAUGCACAUGAAAGGGGAGAACUAGAAAUUACAUCAUUGCAGAAGGAUGGAAGCUCAUCAUUUUUCAGGUCUAAGAUAGAGGGAAUGGCAGGAUGCUACCCAUUUGAAAAUCUGCGAGCUGCUGCUGAUGUACUAUUUUUGCGUGGAAGCUCUGAUUUGGUGGUUGCAAAGCAAGCAAUAUUUCUUUAUUACUUGUUUGAUCGACACUGGACAAGACCUGAAGAAGAAUGGAGAGGCAUUAUAGAUAACUUUGCUGCUACAUUUAACAUAACUAGGCAUUCCUUACUGGAAUCUUUUACCUUUUAUCUUUUGGAUGACCACAGCGAAGAGGCUCUCCAGGAAACUUGUCGCCUUCUUCCUGAAAUCUCAUGCCCUACAACUCACCCUAAAGUGGCACAAGUUCUCUUAGAACGGCAAAAUCCUGAUGCUGCUCUUAUGGUUCUAAGGUGGUGCGGGCAUGAUGGUGGAGCACAUUUAGUAUCACUUGGUGAGGCUGUCACUGCAGUUCGCGUGAGAGUGGAGUGUGGACUUCUGACUGAAGCAUUUAUGUUCCAGAGAAGGCUCUGUAUGAAAGUUAAGGAAAAGAAGUUGAAGCACGGAUCAUCUGAGCAUUCUGUGGGAAAUCUAAAAGAUGAGUGCAGGACUUGGGUGGACUGGGUGGAGGCACUGGUGACUGAAAUUUGUUGUCUCUGUAUCCGGAGAAACUUGGUAGAUCGAAUGAUAGAAUUGCCAUGGAAUUCAGUUGAAGAGAAAUAUGUCCACAAAAGCCUCUUGGAUUUUGCUGUUGAUGACCCCUCAACAGCAAUUGGUAGUCUUCUUGUGGUUUUCUACCUGCAGCGCUACCAAUAUGCUGAGGCAUACCAAGUUGAUCGUAAACUUCAGAGUGUGGAGCAGGACUUCAUAUCAAAAAUUUCUGUCAGUGAAGAAGUCUCAUUAAGAAUUGAAGCGUCAAGUCAGUGGAGAGCCGGAUUGGUUGAAAAGGGCAUAGAGUUGCUGCCAGAAGUCCAACAGCAAGAAGUAAAGGCUGGAAAAUUGCCUGAAAUAGUUGUUUCUUCUGUUAAUGCGGCUGAAAUUCCUGCAACCUCUAAUCUUCUGAAGGUAGAUGAGCCAAACCCAACAAGAUUAUUGUUUACUGCCCCUAUGGAUUCUUCACCUAUGCUUUUGAUGGACAAAGCAAUGGCUUCAUCUGAAACUUCAUUCUUCAAGAGUUCCUCAAGACCUGGUGGAUUUUCUAACCAUUCCCUUUUUGGAUUUGGGAAGAAAGGCUCUCCCUCCGCUCAGCAAGGUAGCUCCUUCAGAAAUGAACAAAGAUACCUGAAGCCUCAAAGUGGCGUUGGCAAGAACGUCAAAUUUGAGGGAAUCAGGACUUCUGGCAUUCAUAGUGUUAGCCCAAUGAUGAAAACCCCACUAAAAGAAUUCAAUAGAAGUCCAUCAAGGGUGCCUCAGAAUAAGAGCUUCCAGGAUCGUGAAUUAGACGAACUUGCACCAGGGAAGGAAGAAAAUAGGUUCAUCCAGAGACUUCGAAAUGCCAGUCCGUACACUGCCAGGGUUGGAGCCAAUGCAGUAGUCUCACCUAGUGACAAUAGUGCUGUACUAAAACAUACUGCUAGAGAUCCUUACCUAUUUGCAUCAGGCAGACGGCUGCCAUCAGGUGGACCUGAUGGAUGGAAGGUCCCUUCGGAUGAUGCAAUGGAUAUCUCCUGGAGCCGUGGAGAGAAGGAAUAUGCUGCCAACGACGGAAAUGUAAACGUCGGAGCGAGAUGGAGGUCUGACGACACCAGCGAAGAUGAUGAACUGCAGAGUCCUCAAAGAGUCGCCGGACCAUCUUCUUAUACAAGGGGAGUGAGACGCAGCACCAUAUUAGCUAGAAGACGAAGAAACUCUUGAUUGUCUUGUAGGUUUGGGGGAAUUAUUAUUACAAUUAUAUUAGCUGGGUCUGAAAGCUGAAUGAAUGGAGGAGCUGGUUGGUUGUAAUGACUAAUGGUAAUGGAGAUGAGGAAGGCAGGUUUAAAAUAAUUAAUUGGGCCAUCAGCUCCAGGCUCCAGCUGUUUUCUAUAACAUCACACUUCAUUCCCCUUUUACUUGCGCUUGGUUGAUGAGUUGAAAAUCUGGACACAGAUAUGAUAGUGUUGAGGCAAAUCUGAUCUCAAAAAGAACCAAUUUCAUUAGAAU